AUGGAAUUGCCGCUGCGAUCGUCGGCUCAGAUCACGCUCCGAUGGGCCUCCGUCUUCGCCGGGAAACACUUUUCGCACCAGAAGCUUAUUGCCGCCGAUGCUUUGGUGAUCAGCAUGUUCUAUCACCUCAACUCGACCGCCGGAGAAGAGUGGGACCGGCGAGCCGCAAAACUUAUCCGCGAAGUAAAAGAUCAUGGAAGAUACCGGGUUUACGGACAGGAUUUCCAGAGCACGUUCCGUAUACUUGGCCGUGUCUUUGCGCCGGUUGAGGCUGUGAAGUCUCGAAUCGGUCUGGUCAUCACAGCUCUCACUCAGGUAUGGCUGGUCCUGCGGAUCCCCCCCAAUAUUCCAGUCUCUGACGGGAGCGCUUCAGAUUUGCACAUCGAUCAUGUCGAGCUUCACAAUUCUGGCGAUGCUCAAAGUCCCGGUUUCACAUGUUCCAGGGAGGUAUUUCCGUUCAUAGUAAUCGUGAUUGGGCUGGAGAAUAUGUUCCGUCUAAUCAAUGCGGUACUCGCGACUCCGGCGGAGCAACCUUCGACCAAGAGGAUAUCCAGCGCUCUAGGAGAGGUCGGCUUCCUUUCGUUCGUCGCUGUGGCUACUGAUGUUGGCUUCCUGUCCCUUAUCGCUGUGAUUUCGGUACCUGCCGUCCGAGAGUUUUGUGCAUUCGCCGGUAUUGCUUUGAUAAUGGACUUCGUUGGGCACAAUACCUUUUUCCUUGCGGUCCUGAGUGUCGACGUGCAGCGUAUGGAGCUGCAGGACUCGCUGGAUAGAUUGAUGAGCCUGAACUCCAACGAAGACAACAAUGACUUCCAAGGGCUCGACAAGACCGAUCGGAAUCCAAGCCCUGUCGCGGAUUUCUUGUUUAGGGGCGGGUCGCCAUUGAGCACCCGGAUUGCUGGGUCAGCCAUUAUGAUUUGUUUCGCGGUGGCCUUGAACAUUCAUUUCCUCGACAACCAACACCCAUUGGUAUCGCUAAUGAUGUUUAUCGACAUGCUACGACAUCCCAACAGGUUCUCUCAGUGUAACGUCACCCAUGACAUGCCGCUCAACGUCGCAAGGACCCCGACCGCAUGGCUCAGCAAACAGGAUGAAUACACAGGGAUGGAGCUUAUACGAGCCGCCAAACACAUGCGAGCGGCUAUGCCCGACGCCUUCAGAAUCAUAGCAAAGGCAUACAGCCCAAUAUUCUUCGAAUUGGCAGGUUCCGAUCGUGCUCAGACGCCAGAUAAGAUGCCUAACAUCAUCAGCACCAUAGACAUCGAUGUCCUCAAGGAACACUGGGAGCUGCCAGAGGAAGCCGUAGUGCCCAAGGAGAACGAGGGAUCGCUGCUGAAAUGCCGAACUCUGAUCGAGGGCCAUUCGCUCGAUGUGGCUGUACUUGCGGCCUCGCCUCGCGGCAUACUGGUGUCUGUUGGUCUGGAUAGGCGGAUCGUUGUGUGGAAGCUCAAGGGGAAUCAACAACCGUGCUUGAAGGAUGUCAUCCGGCCGACUUGCGCGGAACACGUCUUGUGGCCGAUCAUCGGUGUUGCGCUCGAUGAGAAGGGAGAGUGGCUAGCGAUUGCGCCCAAAUGCGGGAAAGUCUCGUUCUACCAAGUUGAGAAGUCGACUCUCUAUCGAUCGCUGGACGUGGAUCUGCAAGGCCAUCAGCCUAGCGCCUUCUUCUUCGCGCCCCGGAAUCUCAACGAUGAGCAAAACCACGGACCGCGGCUUGUCGUUUUGCGGAGCGAUGGCUGCUUGUUCGAGGUCUACGUCAAGACCAAGGAGAUUGUCCGGCAUCAAAUCUGUGAAGGAGUUGUGGUUUCAUCAUCUCAUGGAGUCUUUACUCCGAGAUUGCCGCUCAGGAUUGUUACUGCAUGUCAGAGGGGACGCAUAUUUGUCACGGCAAAGUCGCAAGGGGACUGGUAUACCGAGCAGUUGGACCUCAUGUCUCCGCCGUUUACAUCGCCCUCUAUGGAGCCCGGUGAGCCAUGCACCAUAUUGCCUCUCUCGUCGCUGGGAAUGGUGAUCAGCUCCCGGUCCUGCAAUGUUGAGCUGGUGGAUAUCCUUUCUGGCGGCAUCAUUCGCUCCUUUCAAACCGGUCAGUUCAAGCCUGGCUCCCUCAGGGCGUUUCACGCAAAACAGCGCACGUGCCUCUACUGCGGAUGUCCCUCUGUCCUCUCUUUCUCCAUUGCAUACAGCGAACGGGAAUCAGGCAUGUUCAUGAUGCACACGUUUACGUCUUCUCGGGGGAAAAUGCGAGACAUCUGCCUCCGAGCCGAACGCGAUCGACGAGAACGCAAAUGCACCGGUUUCGAAAGCGUAAUAGAGACUACCCAUUGGCUCGACAAUGUCGAAGGCUGGGAACCCACCUCGUUGAACAUGGUUGCCGGUGUUCGUCGUCGCGAGGUGCCCCUGGACGACCAAAGCUCGGAUGAUUACGAGUCGCCGACGCACUGCGGAUCCAGUUUGAGGCGGCGGAAGCAGCUGGAGAAGAAGAAUCUGCGGUGUGACGACGAGGAGGAUGAGUGGGAGGCCUGGACUAUGGACUCUUGCGGUGUCGUCACUUCGUAUCCAUUGCACGACAGUACGGAUCCGGACAGCCGUGGUGACGGGUUGCUCGUCAGCCGGGCCGGGCCAGUAACAAAAUUGGGGCAGCGGAGUGUGGCCGUGGGAUUCGGAAACAACAUCAAGCUGCUGCUGCUUGGCAUGGAGCGGUACGAGGACGAAGAUGGCGGAGACCCAUAUCAUGAUAUCGCGCGAAGACCAAGGGGCAUCGGUUGCGAUGAGGGGAUCGAGCAUGGAUACUAG